UCCAAACACCCCCUUUAGUCUUGGUCUACAUCCUUUUGGGUCUUUCUUUCCCUCCAAGCCAACAAGCAUUCGCUACUCCCUUGAUAAAUCAUCCAUCCUCUCCAGUUCUCCACUCAACAUUUUUCUUAACAUCUCGCUGCUUGAUUUCAUCCACAGAUAUGGGAGACAGUCAGUACUCGUUCUCGCUUACUACUUUCAGUCCUUCUGGAAAGCUUGUUCAGAUUGAACAUGCCCUCACAGCUGUUGGCUCUGGUCAAACUUCAUUGGGGAUUAAAGCUUCUAACGGAGUUGUAAUUGCAACCGAAAAGAAGCUCCCAUCCAUUUUAGUCGAUGAGACAUCGGUGCAAAAGAUCCAGAUUUUGACUCCUAAUAUUGGAGUUGUUUACAGUGGGAUGGGGCCGGAUUCGCGUGUUCUGGUCAGGAAGAGCAGAAAGCAGGCAGAGCAGUACAAUCUACUAUACAAAGAACCGAUCCCUGUUACCCAACUUGUAAGGGAAACUGCUGCCGUUAUGCAAGAAUUUACUCAAUCAGGUGGUGUAAGGCCUUUUGGCGUUUCACUCCUUGUUGCUGGUUAUGAUGACAAAGGUCCCCAACUAUAUCAGGUGGAUCCCUCAGGUUCGUAUUUCUCUUGGAAAGCCUCGGCCAUGGGAAAGAACGUAUCUAAUGCAAAGACGUUUCUUGAAAAGAGGUACACUGAUGAUAUGGAGCUUGAGGAUGCGAUACAUACCGCUAUUUUAACAUUGAAGGAGGGAUUUGAAGGACAAAUUUCUGGCAAAAACAUCGAGAUUGGAGUUAUCGAGGCUGACCGAACAUUCAGAGUCCUGACUGCAGCGCAAAUUGAAGACUACCUUCAAGAGGUGGAGUAGUUGUAAUAUGUUCUAUUAUCGGGGCUUUACGUUUCCUUAAAUCUGAUGAACUAAGUUGCAAUGAUUUCAGUUAUGUACUUGUUUAAGAAUCUUCCGAGAACCAAUGUGCUGAAAGAACCUAUUUAUGUGCUUGAAAUUGAACAUCUCUUGGUUAUUAUC